UGCUCUUAUUUAUUUGGUUGUAGUUUAUAGUGAAUCCAUCAACAUACUGAUGGCUAGAGCUAAGGCGUGAGGUCCCAGCUACAUAUAAACUGUUGUUGUAGUAUGAUUUGAUGUGAACCUAUCUAACGUGAGAUAAGUUAAAAUAUGAACAUUUAAAUAAAUAUUCAUUGUACUGUGCCAGAUGUUGAUGCAAUUUUACAGAUUUUUCUUGCAGGAACUUAGGGGUUAAUUUCCAGAACUUACAGGCUACUUUCCUGGAACACAUCCAUAGCAAACUUUUACUGUUUUUAAUUUCUUUAUACAAAGAGAAGUAAAAGCAAGUCAAAACAAGUCAUUACAAAACUUUGCAAAAGCAAUUUAUUUCUUGGUCAGUUGUAGUCCUUUUCAGGAGUACCAAUUAUAACUACUUAAAGUUGAUGUUUUGUUCUCAUCAGUUGAAAAAAUGGUAUACAGUUCUCUUAUUUACAUUUUUUUUUUUAUUAUUUUCUAGUCAAUACAUCUGAGAUGUAUCCGAAAUAGUUUAACAGAAGAUAUUUUAAAGUUCAGAUAGGCUUUUAUGUUUUACAGAAAAUGUGCUUGACCCUUGUUUAAGUUUACUUUGGCUAAGUACCGGCAGCUAGGUAACGCAAACUCCUGGUAGCUAUGUUGAAUCAAGUUUAGAUUACAUUAACACCACAACUGAACCACUCUAGAGUUCCUUUGGAACUGUAACAAUAGAGUUUGAAGGAGGUUGUCUUGGUAUGGUCAUUGAGGUUCACACCCUUGUGAGAUUAAUAUCUAAGCUCACAGAUAGCAACAGCUACAGACUGGAUGUGGGAUGUAACCUGAACAUAUCAUAUCUGUCCUGUGUUUGUGUUACUUACUGUAUAUUCACUUCUGUCCAUGUAGUUUCCUUUCAUCUCUGUUGUAUUUAAGCUUUGUUUUCUGUCCCUUCGUUGUCCAGUGAUCUGUUGCUGUUACCCUGGUUUCGGCCUGCUUGAGCUUGCAAUGCUGAUGGAGGUUUGUUACAGUCACGGGUUGCAGCCUGACAUAUUGGAGCAGUAUCCACCCCCUUUAUUGCCAAAACCAGGCAAAGAUAAUGCGAGGCUUCAGAAGCUUAAAAAGAAGAGAGCCAAGAAAAAGGGCAGCCUUUCUCAGACGCCUAUUCCCUUCCGUUCCUGUUUGUCGCCUGUCAAUGAAGCAAGCACAGACCUAGAGCACAGUGACAUGUGCAGCCCACCAAGGACACCGGAUUCCAUCUAUAUUGCUGACUCCUGUGUCUCAGGUUUACCCUUUGGCUCUGUCUAUGAUCACUCGGUCCCUGGAUUUUCUCAUCCUCAAAGCAGUCCCAAAGGACAAACUAGGAGCUUAAACCCUCCGUCAAAUCCACUUGGAAUGAAAAACUCUCAACCUCAAGUUGCACCUUUGUAUGAAUGCUCUUCUUUCCUGUUUGAUGAUGCCUCCACAUUCAUAGUUCCACCUUUGACAUAUUCAGCACUAAAUGAGCAAAUUUCUGCACCAAGUCUUCCUCCUGCUUUCAGUGUGACAUCAAAUUCCCAUGGGUCAGUCACAACAGUCUCUCCAGUUGCUAUGUCACAGUGCAGCCCAAAAAUAUCAACCCACAGCCUGACCCUUUCCAAUGCCACAAACUGCGCCCCAGACCUAGCACAUUCUCAUAUUGCAGCUCUAUCUCCUGUUCCAGUGCCCCUAUCACUUUCAAACACUCAUACACAACCAUUUAUCCCAAGCCAGAGGGAGACAAACACUAAUGUAAAGGAUGACUUUCAGAGACAGGAAUCGACCAGAACUAAUGCACGCAGCAUCGCUGCCAACGGUGCUCUUCGACAGAUAUCUUCUGAAGUAACUGCCUCAAAAAUAUCCCUUGUGGAUACAGUGAAAGAGCCAAUGAUUGAAGCCAUGCAAGCUAAGACGUAUACAUCUAAGGCAACAGUUUAUGAGAUCUCCAAACCUUCCUCCAUCCAGGAACUUACAGUUAUGAAACCAACCAAUCAAGGAGCCCCAACAUCUACAGGGUUUAGUCAAAAAGCCCCUGUGCCAUCAGUAAAUGCGGAUCAGGAACUGUCAUCACCUUGGAUCCAGAGUGUGAGACCUCCUCCUUCAGCUUACACACCAGCUCCAAUAUCAAGUCCUAUUUUUGAACUAUUAAAGCCCAACCCACUCAUAUCCACUGUGAACCCUGCUUUCAGUUCCUUCCAAGAUUUGCAAGCACCGGUUAUUCAGAAAGAAGGGCUUAAAGACAAUUCAACAGUUUCUUACCAGCAUUUAGGUAAACCUCCAACACUGACAGAAGAACACAAGCAAACUAAUGACAAUACCACAACCCUCAUCAAACAACAAAACAUACAUAGGGAGAUAGAGAUUCCCAAUACACAGAAAAGUACAAUGAAUCUAGGUUUUGUCAGUUGUGAGCCAUACCACAGAGAUAAUAUAAGUACCGCUACAAUAGCACCCUUUGUCAACCUCAAAACACACCAGGUUUUAGAAAACAAAGCUUUAUUGCUGCCCCAGGUGCCAUCAUUUUUUUCUAUGCCAAAAAAUUCUAGCCCUGCCCCGAUGCAAGGAUCACAAAGUCCAGGCUUGGUUUUAUCUACAUAUCGGCCUCCCGUAGUGGAGGCACGCAAGUCUUUGACAUCACUUUUGGAGACACAAAUGUCAUUAGCAGGCUCAAAACCCAAAUCACGUUCGACAUAUUACGGACUAACUCCAGUUGAGUAUGUUGCAUAUGGUGGAAUAAGGACAAAUGUGUCACAUCCUAGUGAUUUACUUCCCCUCAUUGAUGAAAGCUCCAACAUACCACAUUUGGGUAAACCUUUAGAAGACUCAGAUGUCUCAAAACAAGAAAUACAUUUCAAUGGACUCGAGGAACUAAAUUCUCUGGGUCAUAGAGAACAAUCAUUUCAAUCAGAGAUUCCAGAUGAAUGGGUUUCCACAGACUGUAAUGAUGAUAUCACAGGAGAAGGUCUGAAUGGAACUCAGAAUGUCGGAAUAGAAUCAUCAAAAACAUCUGCAGUGGAAACAAUAAAACCCAACCUUCUCUUUGGAUUGACAGAGAAAACAAUACUACAAUCUACAAGUGAUGCAUCCGCAUUAAAAGCCUCAUACUCAGAGGCUCCAAUACCAGUACCUAAAGCAGGUGAGGUACACACAAAAGGUCUAGUGCAGUUUUCAGUAGAGGCAGGGCAAGAACCAGCUUUAAAUCCUACUGAUAGCAUGGGCUCAAGUAUUUACUCCUCACCUUUCGUAAGAGAUUUAAAUACAGAAUCCCAACCUAAACCAAAAGGUGUAAAUAUUACCCUAAAAUCAAAUCUGGAUCAAACUAAUGUUGUAUCUGAUAAAAAGGGCAAUGCACUGUCCAACAUUAAAAAAAUAGGUGAAAACUCUGGAUUACUGGACAAAGAUAAUGUUAAGGUCAGUCAAUCAUUACUUCAUGGUGGCUAUAUUCAACAUUCUGCCAACUCUAUUACAAAAUCAGCAGACUGUGAAGCAAACAUUUUUCCAGUAACUAUAGCCCAGGUAAAGGGUACAUUCCCAGAAAAACAAAUUUUGAAUAGCAUAGACAUUCUGGAAAAAGAGUCUACUAAAAAGGAGUCAGAAAUUCCCCUGCCAAGUAAAACGAACAAAGGUAUUCCAGACAGACAUGCUGAUAAGACUGAAUGCCAAAUUAAGGAAAGCAAAAGUAUUAAUCUACCAAAUAAAACAAAUAUGGUCAAUAUUGUGUCUUCUGUACCUCUGAAUACACAAAAAAUGUGCGAUGUUACAAGCAGAAACCUAAAUUUCCCAGAAAAAAUGACAGAAGAGCAAUGUAUCCCUACCAGUGGGUUGAUGUUCCCACAUGAGCCUGUCACAGCGUCACUCUGCUCUGGGCAAUACAACAUCUGUAAAGUUAGCUCACCAAAGAUAAGCACAAAAAUCAAUCAUCCAAACAGCAAAGAUAUGCAAGUUUUUACAAAAAAUCAAGCUCAAAACAACUUUGCUUUGCUGCCAACAAAUGUAUCAAAUAUACCUGCUGGAAAUGUUUCACCAGGUAAACCUACCACAGAAACAAAAACCCAUGCCCAACUUGAAACUGCAACAAAGAUUAAUCUUCCAUUAAAGACAAAUAAAUCACAUGAGCUAAUAAAAGAAGUAGAAAGUCAAAAAAUGAUGCCUGUAAAUGUAUUGGCAACAAAACAACAAAACAUGGGAUGGAAAUUUCAAAGUCAAACCGUGCAAGAAGAAAAUAUCUGUGUAACGUCAUACAAAACGAUAGAAGCCCCUACACAACCAAUAAGAAAUUGUCUAAACACUCAAGUAGAUCCACUUUGUUUCACAGCAAAUACUGCAACAAAAAGCUCUGAGCCAAAACAAAGAGAAAAUCCCAAUAUAACAAUAAGUGAAACUAGAUUAUCUGAUAAGCUAUCUGCAGACAAACCAAAACUUUUAGCACACACAACUUCAUCCAAACAGGAUCAGCACUUUACAGCCCAAGAAAAAUUAACAGGCUCAGCAGUGACACUUAAACCUUAUAUUCUAACACCCACUAAAAGUAUGAUGUCUUCUAGCCCAACAAUGAGGCAAGCUCCACCAAAAAGCCCAAAGAUAAAAUCGGAUAGACCAGAAAGUCAAUCUGCAGAAAAGCUUCCGUUGAAUGAAGUAUCCGAUAUUUGGACUUUUGGUAGUAAACUCACUCCAGACCUUCAGCAUGGGAAUAGAUCAGUAGACUUGUCUAUGCAACAAAUUUAUAAUGCUACAGCAAAAGAUGACUUCUCUGGUUUUGGGAAAAUCAUGGAUAGCACUGAUCUAGACAGUCCAUCAUUAAAUGAGAGAAAUCAUAUAAUGUCAAAAAUGAAAGGUCAAACAUUAGUUGCAUCUGGUCAGACUGAUAUAAAAGCAUUUGGUGCAAGUUUUGAAGAUGGAAACAGACAACCAAUAAAUACCAGUCAAAUAGCUUUGAUUGGAAACACAUCUCACCAGAGUUGCAUUGCCAAUGAACCUCUAACAACAUCACAAACCAAUGCCCUUAAUGUGAAUAUUCAGUCAGUCCCACAUGCUGCCAUAAAUGAUCACUCUACUAAAAUUAUCCAGCCUCUAGAAGAAGCUCAAAGCGAUUUCAAAGAUCCAAUUAGUCCACCAAUUACAAAUAAACCAUGGGCAGCAAUGAAAGCCUCCCCAUUACUUAAACCAAGAAUGUGUUUUACACCAAAACAAAUAGAUAGUCCUGCUUUAACCCAGUCCAAUCAGAGCCCUGGAUCUUUGGCCAAUUCUAUGGAAACAAACCCACAACUUGUUAAUACAACACAACCUAGGAACUCACUAGAUACACCUUUCCAAAAUAGUACUCCAAACAAGGCAGCUCAGCAGGAUGAGAAGUUAUUUGAAGAAAAUAUCUUAAAACUAGAAACUAAAAUAUCUUCAGCUGAUGGCUCUUCAGUUUCUGAGAUAAAAUUACAUUCCCCAGUGGAAACCUCAAAAACAAACAAAUUGUCCAACAUAUAUAAAGAGGAAAAUUUAUCCUCACCAGUUACCAAAAGUAGCAUGGCCAGCCAAUAUACUGACUUAGUUUUGAAUAGUGCACCUACUGUAAAAGCGAAAUCUUUUGUUCAGCAAGUAGAAUCAACAAUUACAUCUGUUGUUGCGGAAAUCAAAUCUCCAAAAAUAAAACCAGAGUCUUCAGAUUCUCCAUCUAAUCCAAUCCAGGCUAGCUCAUUUUUGACUAAUGGGGAAACUUUAAACAAUGGUUCCCUUGAAAAGCCAAUAACAGACACUGUCAUGAAAUCCUCCACAGUAAAAGAUGCUUUGAUUGAUUCUGCCACUCCUGCCUCUCUGCCUCAGGCCUCAGUCUCAGUAAAAGCUCCAUCUCCAAACAGAGGAACAUCACCGUCAUCUCAGCGAAAAACUGGAUUCAAAGGCAAGGAUAUUCUGAAAGCAAUAAGCACACCAAAGGAAACUCCAGCAGUCGAAUCCUCCAUGAAGUCAAUGAUAUCAACUGCAUCUUCAGUUACUAAAAAACAGUUGGAACCUGAAGGAACAUCAAUCUCAACCACUGAACAAAAACCAGCCCAGAAAUCAAAAGGUCUUAAGGGCAAGCUUAGUGGAUGGACACGGCUGAAAAAGCACAUGGUCGUCGAGCCUGAGGAACCCAAAUUUCCUGAUCCAGAGGUCAAACAUCAGGUCACUUCUAGUAUGAAUGAAGAAAUAACUGAUAAGGUCAAUAUGCCUUCUGCUGAUCAGGAUAUGAACCAAGAUGUUGUUCAGAACAAAGAAGGGCCCAAGGCACUAAAGAUGUGGGAUGCACUCCUCUUUCAAAUGUUCUCUACCAAAGAAAAAAUCAUGCACCAGAUCAAUUCCAACAAAAAAGACACGGACAAGAAAACAUCUCUCAAAGAUCAUCAGGCAGAGCCUCCAUCAUUUGUCAACCGGCUUCCAGUGUUACUGUACAGCCCUCGCUUUAAUGCCAGGAAGCUAAAGGAAGCCGCAGAAAAGCCACUGACUAAAAUAGCAGCAGCUUUUGAAAUAGGGCUGAUAAAGCGAAAAUCUCAGGAAGAGGAACGCAAGGAUUUCAAUCGAACAGCCAAAGGAUUUGGUCCCACUAAAAAUGAAGAUGUGACUGAUGCGGCUCAUGGAUGAUGUGAUUGGUGGUUAACCACAAGCUAAAAUCCUGAAUAAUUUUAGAUAAAGUCAUAUAGGAAGGACUAUCUGGAAAAGGUCAGCUUAUAUAAUUGGACUUUUGAAGCACAAUAUUGAAAGAUAAUUUCACUAAAUCAAAACUGUUGUACUUAGUAAGUACAGUGAAAUAAAAAAACAACUAUAAAAAGGAAAAUAUUUUUAAUAUGAAUAUUAAAAAUAAUGAUAAUAUUUAAAACUGUUUGAUAAUCACUUUUCAAACACUUGUUUCAUUUCUGUUGCUUUCAUUAAUUCUGAGAAAGUCUAGAAAGUCAUAAAGAAAAGUGAAUCUGUAUGUUAAACUACUUAUGAAAUAGUUGUAAACAGAAACCUUAAAGUUCAUUUUUGCUGAACUUAACUAAACAUGAAGUUAUUGGUUAGCUGAACUACAAAACAUUUUUAAGUUUUAAUACAAAAUAAUCAUAAAAUUUGGUA